UGCACGUCACGUGACGGCCAUUCCGCGUCCACUCGCGGAGGGGUGUAAACAGGCCCGGUGGUGGCCCAGCCGCGGCCCUGCUGCGCCCGAGUCUGCGGCAUGCUCCGGGCCGGCCGGGGCUGCCGAGCCGCGCGCCCGGCGCCCACCUGAGUUUGAAGUCCAUGGCCCAAAAUGACUCUACCACUGGAGACUCUCUUCUGUAAAGAAGACCAGACAGGAGGCUGGGAUGAGCAUGCCACUGCAUCAGAUCUCUGCCAUUCCAUCCCAGGAUGCCUCCUCUGCUAGAGUCUAUAGAAGUAAGACCAAAGAAAAGGAGAGGGAAGAGCAGAAUGAGAAGACUUUGGGACAUUCCAUGAGUCAUUCAAGUAACAUUACCAAGGCCGGGGGUCCUCCGUUGGCAUCGGCUCCAGUGUCCUUCUCUCGCACUUCUGUCACGCCAUCCAGUCAGGACAUCUGCAGUUCCAGUGCAGUGUUUUCUGAGUGUUGUCACCACAGUCCCGUGCAGUCUGCUGUUGUCUUGAAAGCUCCUCAGUGCCAGAGCUCUCUGACACAAGGGCUCACUGUGACAGUUAUAUGUAAAGACAUAUUGCAGGCAUCAAAGAGCAAUUCCUGUGCAUCAGAAUGGGUCCAGGCCUUGAAGCCUGCUAAGAAUACCAAAGCCAGAAGAACACUAAAGUUCUCAAAAUCCUUAAAUGAUGUGGGUGAGAAGGACCAGCAUACUUUGGAAAAUUUUGACUAUGUGGAAAGAACUUGCUCUGAAGGGAAGUUAAUACUCUCUCAAGAUCCAUGUCUCAGAAUUAGUAGGUUCCAUCAUAAAGAAAAAAGAACACUGAAUCACAAGCCUUUUGGCAGUUCCAAAUAUUCUUGUAUUUCAUCUCUUUCUGUCAACCAUUCAACUGCCUCAGAGGUGGAAGCUGGCAAGGGGGACAUGCACAUCCCUCUUCUGGAAGAAAAAGCAGAUGGCGCGACCAUGUCCAGAAGCCGGCGACUGCUCCAGUACCUGUUCUUGCUCUCGCAUGGCUCCAGUGCCAGCAGCCUGCACAGGUUCCACGAGGUGGAGAGCUAUGCUGCCCACCUGCGCACCACCAAGGCCUCCAGCGGGCUGGCAGGGAGCACGGGCUUCUGCUCCGAUGAGAUGGGAGACGACGACGUCUUUGAGGACAACUUAUCUGCAAAAUUGAAGAGCAAGGUCCUGCGGGCACCCCUCUGCUCAAUGGAGAAGGACAGUGACCUGGACUGUCCUUCUCCCCUCUCUGAAAAAUGCCCCCCCAUUUCCCCUGUGUCCACAUCAGGGGAUGCCUGCAGGAUCUGUCACUGUGAAGGGGAUGACGAGAGCCCUCUGAUCACCCCCUGCCACUGCACAGGGAGCCUCCACUUUGUGCACCAGGCCUGCCUGCAACAGUGGAUCAAGAGCUCUGACACACGCUGCUGCGAACUCUGCAAGUACGAGUUCAUCAUGGAGACCAAGCUAAAGCCUUUGAGAAAAUGGGAGAAGCUGCAGAUGACGGCCAGUGAGCGCAGGAAGAUCAUGUGUUCAGUGACGUUCCACGUCAUUGCCAUCACUUGUGUGGUCUGGUCCUUGUACGUGCUCAUCGACCGCACUGCAGAGGAGAUCAAGCAGGGACAGGCAACAGGUAUCCUAGAGUGGCCCUUUUGGACUAAAUUGGUGGUUGUGGCCAUUGGCUUUACUGGUGGACUUCUUUUUAUGUAUGUUCAGUGCAAAGUGUACGUACAAUUAUGGAAGAGACUCAAGGCUUAUAACAGAGUAAUCUAUGUUCAGAACUGUCCAGAAACAAGAAAAAAGAAUAUUUUUGAAAAAUCUGCACUAACAGAGCCCAACUUUGAAAAUAAAGAUGGAUUUGGAAUCUGUCAUUCCGACACAAACUCUUCUUGUUGCACAGAACCUGAAGACACUGGAGCAGAAAUCAUUCACGUCUGAUUGUGUGGAGGGUGUAGUUUUCCUGGACAUCCGUGAACAGCUGAAGGAAAUUGUUUACUGCCAAUUGUGUACCUUUUCCUAACGUCCUUUAAGAGCAUAGCCUGGGCUGGUGACUGUUUUUAAUGGCUUCUCUUUUUCUAAACCCUCCUUAGUGAAUCUCUCAGAAAGCCCCCGCCAAGCCCGUGCACAGCUGGGUUGCACUUCUGCCAGCAUGUCUGUGGGAGGGCAAGGUGGGAGACUCCACAACGGGGAGCUGGCUGGGUUCUGGCCCAUGGUCUCAAGCAGAAUGAGAGAAUGAAGUGCCAAACCUGAGGGAAGAGCAGGAGCAGGGUGGCACGUGGGCCCCGAGGCACAGCUCUUCAGUUGGUGGCAGUUCCCACUCUCGAGGGAAGUGUUUGGGAACAUCUUGCCACAUUCCUCUCCUCAGUAAGGGGGGCUCGGGGAGACAAGCUCCCUCUGCCAGUGCCACCACGGGCGGUUUCCCUGAGCAGGUGGGCUCUGGUGCUCUGGGCAUGGUGGCAAGUGAUUCACUAAGCAAACAGCACUUUAUAAAAAGAGAAUCUUUAUUUUGUAAUAUGUGUGUCCAGUGGGAUUGACAUUUAAAAGAACGUCUCAUUUAGAAACCUUCCCUUCAUGACCCUGAUUAUCUCUUUUAUGUUGUAGUAGAUCUAAAACCCUUUUGCCUUAUAUAUUCUAAGAAACAUGACAUCUACUUUGUAUCCUUAAAAGGUACUUGUGACUAUAAAAUAGGACAAAUAGGCCUGAGGCUUGUUUUUUUUAAUCACAUUUCAUGGGAAUUAACAACAGAUGCUAUAUGGCAAUUUGAACAUAAUUCCUGUGGCUUCAAGCCUGUUUUAUGAUAAUUCUGUAUGUUGUAGGUCUGCUUCAGAUAUUUCUUGUCAACACUGAAAAAGAAGGGUUUAUGAGAUCUAAAGGAAAAGAAGUAAUUAGGACAAAACUGAAUAUUUUAAAACCAUUCAUGUACAGACAAACCUCUCCAGUUUGUGCUGGCUUCACAUGUAGGGUACACAGUACUGCCUGGCUCGGGUGUGACCCUGCAGGUGCUGCGGACUGCCUGCUGCUUUGGACAGCUUCUGCUCCUGGGAGGUUCUGUGGAUUACUGCCCAGGCAGAGAGACAGAUGGGCUGGCUCUGGGACAGGGGCCAGGAGUGAGCACCAAACUACCAUGGGCCGCUGUGUCACUGCCCCCCAGCCACAGCCCCUGUGCAUUUGUCGCCUUAACAGAGAGGAUCCUUUAGGGCCCUGGUCCAGCAAUCAGUCUCUUUUGUCAUCAGGGAUUAUCUCCAUACCAUUUUUUAUAAACAAGACCAAAAUCUCUGCCAUCAAAUGGCUUUUGUCCCUUUAAAAAGUCUGCUUAAAAUUAUGUUUUCAAAAACCAGUUUCAUUGUGCCAGGCAAAUAAGAAUUAAUUCCAGGAAAACAGGGCAGGAGGGUCUGCAGUGCAGCAUGGGAACGUAUGCCCAGAGACUUACUCUGCAGGCGACUGCAUCUGCAGAGCCCCUCUGUGGGGUGAGCUGCCUGGGGGUCUCCACCCUCUGAGCCUUAGGUGCCUCAUGUGUCCUGUUAGAAAAUGAUGAAGCAAACACAAGAUAAUUCCUUUGCCUUUCAGUGUGGAAGUGCUAUGGUUUGUUUUGAAAGCUGGGAGGAAGCUGAGCUCUCUAAGCUCGGGGCAGGGGAGGUGGGUGGGGGCACAUGUGCUAGCAGGCUUUGCCCUGCCAUCUGCCACCCAGUCUGACUCAGCCUGGGGACACCAGGCAGCUAUAAACUGUCCACUCAGGGGAGCUGAAUCCAGGGUUGGCCCUGCGUGUGCCCUUUAGGAACUUGCCAGACAAGUGGCCUUGUCCUCACCACCUUCUAAUAGCAGAUGAGUAAUUAAGUGAAGACAUCUACCCUGAUGGAACCCCUUAUGCUUAAAAUUAUGAGAUUUCCUGUCGAGAGGAAAGUGUGCUUGGGUGGGGAUAACCUCUGGGCAGCCCACCCACUGUGGCUGGCACCCGCCCAUGGCAAAGGUGCCCUUAUGACAGCGACUGUGGUGUUGCUCCCAUGCCUAACCAGAUGUCAUGUGAAGCUCUCUCACCUUUUCAGAAAGGCCUAGGUCCAUCUCCUCACCUUCAGUCAAGCUUCUAAAAGCCCUCUGCCUGUGGACAGUCCGUCCCACAUCUUUCUUUCCUCUCUUGGAGUGGCACAGAUGCCCCCUGCCUUUCUCUUUUCUUGUAGGUUCUAGUUCAGCACCUCUGACCUCUUGGUCCCAGCUCUAAUCUCUACCCUGUGGUGACUCGCAGUGAAGAGAGAAGCCCUGGCAGGGCUGUGCUGUGCUGCCAUCUAGUGGCAGCAGUGGAUCUGCACGUGGCCCCUUAGUCUGUCAGCUUGCCCUCGGGGUUCUUUUGCAGGGUAUUCAUUCCUGUUGCCCCUCAUUUUUCACCUGGCUUUGGUGAGAGGAUGACACUUGGCUGAACCCUGUAGAAAUGGGGAUGAGCUUGUAGAUCUCUCGGCCAGGCAAGGGAGAGAGGGAAGUGGCUUCAAGGAUGUCGCCAGCCAGCCCGCUCUGGUUUAGCCUUUACAUCCUCAAAAGUUACAGUACAACUCGAGAGCUUCUGACCUCAGCUUUGGAUUUCAUGCCUAAGUUUGAGAACUUCCUGGAGACUGUAAAAGGCCUCUUCUUUCUCCAGGCCUGCCACUGUCUCUUUCUUUUUUGCCUCAAUCCGUUCUUUUCAAUCUUACGGGUCUAGUUUCCAAACUGCUGGUGUGCCCUCCCUGCCGUGGCCAUGCAGGCCCCAGGCAGAGCAUCAGGUAAUGCCUGUAUGCUGCUGCUGCCUGGUGGGAGGCGGCAGGGCUGGAGGGGCACGGGGAGCAGUAGGCUAGAGGUCCACUAUGCUGUGGAUUUGGCCUGAUACAGGACACUUUCCCUUCUGGAUCUGAUUUGAAAUAUGCAGCUUCCAUUUAGCCCAAGGAAAGACCAAAAUGUAGGGAAAUAAAAGCGUUUAUCUUCGUUUUGGAAGUAAUUAAGUUGUGCAGCUCAUCACCUAUUUAGAUGCAAUGUUUAUAGCAAUGUUUAUAGAGAGUUGAUUGUUAAUAAAAACCAAAUUUACACUGG